AGCAGAACAUUCAGAUUUAUUCACUUUAUUGUUUGUGAUGUUUCGGCUGAUCUCGAUUUUCUUUUCACCUUUCUCUGUGAUUUUGUCUCUAAAAGUUUUCCUUUUUUCUGUUCAGGGGACUCUGGAGUUUGGGGUCUGAAGAAGAACUUUGCUCUGCUCGAACUUUUGGAGCGACUCCAGAAUGGAGCGUCCAACCAGUCUGGGAUGGCGGAGGACGCCCUGAAAGGAAUGGGAGAAUGUAUAAUCCGCUGCGAUGAGGACGAGAGCCACACGGCCUCCAUGUACUGCACCGUGUGCGCCACCCACCUGUGUGCCGAGUGCUCCCAGCUCACACACUCCACCCGCACGCUGGCCAAACACCGCCGCGUGCCGCUGGCCGACAAGCCCCACGAGAAGACGCUGUGUCCGCAGCAUCAGGUCCACGCCAUCGAGUUUGUGUGCCUGGAGGAGGCCUGUCAGUCCGGGCCCCUCAUGUGCUGCGUGUGCAAAGAGUACGGCAAGCACCAGGGACAUAAGCACGCUGUUCUUGAGACGGAGGCGAAUCAGAUCCGUGCGUCCAUCCUGGACAUGGCUCACUGCAUCCGCACCUUCACAGACGAAGUGUCCGAGUACUCGAGGAAGCUGGUGGGCAUCGUGCAGCAGAUCGAAGGAGGAGAGCAGAUCGUAGAGGACGGAGUCGGCAUGGCACACACCGAACACGUUCCCGGGACAGCAGAGAGCGCGCGCUCCUGUGUCCGAGCUUACUUCGCAGACCUCCACGAGACUCUGUGUCGGCAGGAGGAGAUGGCGCUCAGCGUGGUGGACGCUCACGUGAGGGAGAGGCUGAUCUGGCUGAGGCAGCAGCAGGAGGACAUGACCAUCCUGCUGUCUCAGGUGUCCACCGCCUGUCUGCACUGCGAGAAGACACUGCAACAGGACGACUGCAGAGUCGUGUUGGCGAAGCAGGAGAUCAACUGUCUUCUGGAGACGCUUCAGAAGCAGCAGCAUCAGUUCACAGAGCUGGCGGAUCACAUUCAGCUGGAUGCUGGCAUCCCCGUCACCUUCACCAAGGACAACCGGGUCCACAUCGGUCCGAAGAUGGAGAUCCGCGUCGUGACUCUGGGGCUGGAUGGAGCGGGAAAAACCACCAUCCUCUUCAAGCUGAAACAAGAUGAGUUCAUGCAGCCCAUCCCAACCAUCGGUUUCAAUGUGGAGACAGUUGAAUAUAAGAACUUGAAAUUCACCAUCUGGGACGUGGGAGGAAAACACAAGCUCAGACCUCUCUGGAAACACUAUUAUCUCAACACUCAAGCGGUGGUGUUCGUGAUCGACAGCUGCCACAGGGACAGACUGAUGGAGGCUCACAGCGAGCUCGCCAAACUACUGACGGAGAAGGAGCUGAGAGACGCUUUGCUGCUCAUCUUUGCCAACAAGCAGGUACAGAAAUCAGAAAUCCUAAAUGUGCUUUGUGGAUUAAAAAGGCUAAUGUUAUUAUACAAGCAGGCUACUAAAAGUUUAAUUUGGAUUUUAAAUAUUAAUAAUUGAAACAAUUAAUUUAACUCUAAAACCUGGUAGAUAUCAGUUUUCCUGCACUAAAUUCAGACACCUUUCACAAGCGUUAAAAACUUCAUUUCCUUC